UUCUAUCCCCACCGGCACCGGCUUCCUUUCUUUCCUUGCGUCAUGAGAUAGUGACAGAGUAAGAAAUCGCUGUUCAGCGACUUGAUCUCGUGAAUCGUAAUCCUCUUCGAAAAAGUCCAGAGUCAACUCUGAUCUUUAUUCAUUUUCAAAAAAAAAAAAAAAAACUCUGAUCUUUAUUGCUUCAACGCUGGUUUCAAACGCAAGCAACUCGUAGAUAUUCGCUUGUAAAUGUCCGUAUCGAAAGUGGAUAUUCCCCAAGAAAUAUGGUUAGGUGAUUAUAAAUCUGAAUGUAAUUAACUGGAGCCUUCAUUCUUUUCUCUGAGAAUUGUUUUGACUUCUGAGAGGCGUGGAGGCUGAGAUGGGUCUGCUGCGCCUAAGAGGGGCCUCCGCUGCUGCUGGAGUUGUGCUUGUUGUGGGUUUGAUCCUGCACGCUGCUCUACUGUGCAAUGGAGGAAUUACGAGUACCUUCGUUAGGAAGGCUGAAAAAACUGUCGACAUGCCACUCGACAGUGAUGUCUUUCGCGUUCCUCCUGGAUACAAUGCGCCCCAACAGGUUCAUAUAACUCAAGGAGAUCAUGAGGGGAAAGGAGUUAUCAUUUCUUGGGUCACUCAGGAUGAACCCGGCUCAAGCGCAGUGCUUUACUGGAGUGAAAAUAGCAAACACAAAUACCUUGCAAAAGGCGAAGUUGUGACCUACAAAUUUUACAAUUAUACUUCAGGCUAUAUCCAUCAUUGCACCAUCAAGAACUUGAAGUUUGACACCAAAUACUACUACGAGAUUGGGAUUGGGAAAACUGUACGGCAGUUCUGGUUCAGAACUCCUCCUAAAGUUGGCCCGGAUGUUCCUUACACUUUUGGUCUUAUAGGGGAUCUUGGUCAGAGUUUUGAUUCAAAUAGGACCCUUACUCAUUAUGAGUCAAACCCAAGGAGAGGGCAGACGGUGUUGUUUGUUGGUGACCUUUCUUAUGCGGAUAACUAUCCAUUUCAUGAUAAUGUCAGAUGGGAUACAUGGGGCAGGUUUGUUGAGAGAAGUGCUGCUUAUCAACCUUGGAUAUGGACUGCAGGGAAUCAUGAGCUUGAUUUUGCUCCGGAAAUUGGUGAAACAGUACCUUUUAAACCUUAUAUACACCGUUAUCAUGUGCCUUAUAGAGCAUCACAAAGUACUGCUCCAUUUUGGUACUCAAUUAAGCGUGCUUCAGCAUACAUAAUUGUCCUGGCUUCAUAUUCUGCAUAUGGCAAAUACACUCCUCAAUACAAAUGGCUUGAACAGGAGCUUCCCAAAGUAAAUAGAAGUGAGACACCAUGGCUAAUUGUUCUUAUGCAUUCACCAUGGUAUAACAGCUAUAACUAUCACUAUAUGGAAGGAGAAACCAUGAGAGUUAUGUAUGAGCCAUGGUUUGUAAAAUACAAAGUUGACGUUGUAUUUGCUGGUCAUGUCCAUGCUUAUGAACGAUCUGAACGUGUGUCAAACAUUGCAUACAACAUUGUAAAUGGCAAGUGCAUUCCUGCGAAAGAUCAAUCUGCACCUGUAUACAUAACCAUAGGAGAUGGAGGGAAUUUAGAAGGACUGGCAACCAACAUGACAGAACCACAGCCAAAGUAUUCAGCAUACCGUGAAGCUAGUUUUGGUCAUGCCAUCUUUGACAUUAAGAACCGGACCCAUGCUUACUAUAGUUGGCAUCGUAAUCAAGAUGGUUAUGCUGUUGAAGCUGAUUCUAUGUGGUUUUUCAACAGAUUCUGGAACCCUGAGGAUGAAACGAAAGCCGCAUCAUAACGAUGCUAUCUUUUUUUCUUUUGUUGAAACCUCUAAUAAACACUUAACACCAAUGUUUGAAUGUCAUCCCCCUCUUUGUAUUUCACUGUUUUGGUCUUCUUUACAGCAUAUAAUGUUUAUUCAUGGCUUUGCUCUAAUAGUACAAUCCUUUGGUUUCUUGCCUCGGAAUAAGCUGAGUGAUUACUA